UGGGUGUAUGCGUCUGGAUCUGCAUGGAUCUCGUUUGACGAUCAAACGCAAAAGGUGAUUGAAGAAUUGUGGGCAAGAGAUCAAGCAACAUGGAUCCACUCUCAAAUGUUUCCUGGUGGUCCUCUCUUUGUCGACACAACAGAAAUGAUCAUCACAUUCGGAUCGUACUCUUACACAAUUGCGCGU